GGUUUAGCGGCGGCAGUCACGCGGUGAGGUCAUGGCGCGCCUCGCUCUCCUGUCAUCUAUAAUACUAUUCCUGCUGGGGGUCGCGUGGGCUGCCGGGGACGACCCACCACCACCAGACGCCGACCCAUACGAGGUGUCCGAGUCUCAUGCCGAGGUGGUGGUGGCCAGGCAGCUUAUUGACCCUGAGGAGGCGGCGACGAAGGGGCAUCUACAGGGGCGGCGGCGACGACCCGGGGCCCGCCGACGAAUGCUGGACCCGGAGAGGCGACGACAACUACUUCAACGACGACGAAAGCUUGGAUUGCCCUUACGACGACGACCACGCCCGAGAGCCUUCCCCCCGCAGGGAGAAGAAUCAUCACCACCACCACCACCACCGUUCAUCACCAGCACCACCACUCCCUCCACCACCUCCACCACGGUCGAGACACCCAUCACCUCCACCUCCACCUCCUCCUCCUUCUCCUCAAGCAGUGUGUCGUCCUCCUCCUCGUCCUCCACCACGCUAAGGUCCGUCUUCCCGUCCUUCAGCGUCGCCAGCAGACUCCGGGCGGGAGGUGCGAGACGAGGGCGUGGCUGGGGCGACAAAACCACAACGGAGGAGACGCCGCAGAAGGAGGAAGAAGAAGAGAAGGAGGAGGUGGAGAUAUCUGAGUUGCCUGAAGAGAAGGACCUCGUGGAUAUCCUAACACCCUCAGACCUGAAGGAGCGUAGGAGGGGCGUGGCUCAGAUCCUGAAACGUCCCUUGCGGCGCCGUCUUACUCCUGCCCUCACGCCCACCCUGGUCACCACGCCCGCGCCCCCACGGAGAGACAGAGAGGAGAGACUGAGGUACCGCCCGUUCCUAUCAGGCAAGAGACUACGAGGGGAGCGUCGAAAGCAACCUCGUGUGUCGGUCUCCACCUCCUCUUCCUCUUCUUCCUCUUCCUCUUCCUCCUCCUCCACUCAUGCCCCAAUCAUCACUACUACCACUACCACCACUACUACCACCCCUGCCCCGACCUCAUCCCUGCCACCCCCACCCACCCCUACCACUGACUCGUCUCUCCUACGCCCUGACUCACCACAUCAUGACCACCGCGACUCAGCAGCCAUCUGGGAGGAGUCACUGUCGCCUCACCUCACUGACUCAAGCCAUGACUCAACCUCACCACAGCCAGAGUCGUCUACGUUUAGUCACGAGUCACUGAGCUUCCUUCCUGAGUCACCAUCACCCGACUUCGAUUACGACUCACCAGCCCUCGACUUUGACUCACCGAUCUACGUCCCCGACUCCCCCGACUCCUCAGUGUUCGGUACCGACUUGUUCUCGCCGUCCGCACCUACUUUUCUCUCUGCUCUCCGCCCCGCCCCGUCCUCGAGCAAGCCCCGACAUACCCCGGUCCCGAAGAAGGUGACCAUUGCCCCCCAACCCAAGUGGCCCUUCAACCCGAAGUUCCGCGUCGCCCGAAGAUUCAAGCCUGAGACUCCAAGGCCCAAGUACAUCCCCCUUGAGUCUUCCCGUCCUCCUCCAAGCCCCGCCCCGGUAACCCUUGAGUCUGAUACUUUCAGCUCACAGAAAACAAGACAUUUCGACAUUAUCCCCAGUUAUCUGACAAACCAUGGAACCGUCAACCAAGCGGACCAUUCUUUUGACCCUUUUCCAAACCGCGCGACAGAGCCAAGUAGCUUCAAGGAACUAGAUGACGGAGAUUUCGAUCCCCUGCCGAGGUUUGCGUCCCAGGAAGGCGGUCUCUCACACGCUGAACCAAAGCCAUUAGAGACCUUCCCAAGCUUCGCGGAAGAUAUCACCCCAAAACCUGUCUUUCUCACACGGGAGCGAAAUUACAACACCGAAGAACCGAACUUUCCGACGCCAAGACCCAGCUCCGAACUCAACCGGGAACCCUUACAGUCCGCCUUCACGCCAAGCCCACGAGACCACCUCCUCGACACCACAGACGCCACCACCUCGGGUCACAGAAAGUCCAGCCACACCCCAGGGCACGCCAGUCCACCAUCACCACCAGACCUGCUGUACCACGAUACCGAGACUGUGUUCGCCCCGCAUGUGGACUAUGACGACAGUCCGGACCCGCUAUACCACAGUGAGGUGAUCUACACGCCUGACCAAGGAGAUGCCGGCUACAUUGAGGACGAGGAAGCCGUGUACGAGGACGAGGUGACACGCUUCGAGGAUGACUACGAGGAUUAUGAGGACAAGGAUGAGGAUAAGCCUGGGGUUCUGGACCACUACAAAUACGGCUACCAGGUGGAGAGCGAGGACACGGGGAACUUCCAGCAACGAUACGAAGCGAGGGAUGGCGCGACUGUCAGCGGCUCCUACAAGGUCGCGCUUCCUGACGGGCGGGUGCAAGUCGUCACGUACGUAGCUGACGACGGCGGCUUCAGGGCAGAAGUCAGCUACGAGGGGGAGGAGACACCACCCUCUACCACAGCCCCGCCAGCACCCGCACCCCCGCCUACCACAGAGUCAGCCCCAGCAGCCCCCUUCCCCGUCAGCUCACGUCGCCGUCAGCCCCACCAAAGAGCCCGGUCCCAGAGUUCCCAGUCCCACAGCCAACAGCUUAGAGCCCAGUCCCCAAGUCCCCACCACAGCCCACAGCCCCAUCACGUACCCCAGUCCCACAGUUCCCAGCCCCAGAUUUCCCAUAGCCCCCAACAUAGAGCCCAGUCCCCAAGUCCCCAGCCCCAAUUCAGAACCCAGUCCCUCAGUUCUCAGCCUCAGAUUUCCCAUCCCAGUCCCCAGUCUAACAGUUUCCAGGCCCACCACAGCCCCCAGUCUAACAGUUUCCAGGCCCACCACAGCCCCCAGUCUAACAGUUUCCAGGCCCACCACAGCCCAAUUGUCGCGAGAAAAAACCUACGAUUCUCUGAGCAUGUGACUACCGCAUCUCCGAACCCCUUCCGUUUAGUGGUGGAGGGCGGGCGAGCCUCCACACACGCCCCGCCCUCCCCACCCACCCCUUCCACCUCGACGGAGCCAACCCCACCCCGAUCCUCCUUCAGGGAAUAUGGCCCGACGACCACUAACGCCCAUACCAUCGCUCCACCCCACAGUCUCCCCCACGGCCCGUCCACUACCACGACCCCCGCCCCUCAGCUACCCACCUCAACUCCACGCUAUGAAUACGACUCCCUACACACGCAUACGACUUUGUACUCGCCUACCACCGAUGCUACAGCCUAUAUCCACGCCCUGGGGAGGUCUCACGCUGUCCCUGUACUACUGCCCCUGCCUCCAACCUAUCCACGAACGUAUUUCCUUCACGAUAGAGAGGGGGACAGUGUAGAGUUGCAGAGGGGUGAUGAUUCCCGCCCUCGGAUUAGUAUUCGUACGCCCUCGCCCCACCAGACUGAUAUCUACCCCUCCCCAAGGCCGCCUCUCUUUGGAUUUGCAUGAGGUGCCCAAGGUAUUGCUAGAUAAGUAAGCUUGGGAGAGAGCCUAUAUCUUUGCAAUUCCCAUAUCCUGAAGAAUGACUAGAGAAAGAGAAAACUUAAGGUAUUGCUAUUGCUAUAAGAGGUAUUGCUAGAUAAGUAAACUGUUAUUCUAGACCUUGGAA